CUUUAAUUAAUCAAAACUUCAAAGAAGACAGUACCACCAAUCGAAGCCGAGAAUCGUAAAUACUCUAUACUGUAUCAAAAUGAAAGAUGUUGGACAACGACAUCCACACCGGAGAGCCACGUGCAUGUUUUAACAGCGCCCCCCUCAGGUAUGUGUGUUUGAAAUGCACCAUGGCACGUAAUGUCAAAAUAUAAAUCAUCAUAUUUUCGGGGGAAAUUGUUUUUUUCAUGUUGCUCCUAACCUCUUCCAAGCAACAUUUCAUGCUGUCAAAUGUGCAACUCUGCCACAAGGGGUCACUGGUGUAACAGUCAACGAUCGUGUGUAAAAAUGAUUUAGUAAUGUAUUUAUAUGUUCAGUUUCAAGUGCAAAACUUGUGUUUGUGUUACGUUUCCGUGUAAGAAUUCCAUAAACUUUCAACAUUAAAUAUUUGCUAUCCUGCUGACAAUAGAAGGCAUAGAGACAUGAGACUUGACUUUAUUUUUCACAAAUGAAAAUGCACUCUCCUUACAUUCCUUUCUUUCCUCAUUUCUUACGUGAAGUUUCAGUUUUAGAUAGUCUUAAACUUUUUAUUUCAAGAGUCUUUGCGUUUUAUGAUUGGGUUUUAUGACAUUUUUGCCCUUUAUAAAACAGGAAGAAGGGACUUGAGAAAUAAACUCUCAGAGGGGAAAUGUGACAUUCAGACCGGCCCCAGGUCAUGGUUUAACUCAUUUGUAACUCUAAGUGAAAGUUUAAUUUUUUAAAUUUAUAGUGUCCCACCAGUACAACCUACACAGAAACACAUUUCUCACUGUUGAACAUCCAUAUGCACAUUUGGUUAAAGGUUGCAGCGGAGCAUCAGCAUCACUAGACAUGACACUGAGGAUGUGACUGUGUGUGAAGGUACCAGUGACAGAGGACCAGAGCACACCAAACUGUUUAAAUGUUAACAAUGUCUAAAACUAGUGUCUGCCCUGACAUGAACCCUACCACUAAUUAAGAAGAAAAGGUGUGUGCGUGUGUGUUUAUUAUAUAAUUGAAGUGUACAGUGUGAUUGGCCACCCCGUGUGUGUUCCCAGCACCCUGGUGUGUCUUGCAGCCUGAGCCCCAUGAGUUAUUGACCUUUGGUGAGCAGACGAGCUGCUGUCACUAAUUGUUUACCACCACAUCCUGUUUCUUCACCGUGAAUGUUUUAUUUUAAAAAAAUCAACAGCUCAGCAACAGUUCCAGUGAUGCUCCAUGUUUAUGGCUUUUAAGGUUGUUUAUUUCUAUUUGACUUUGUUCUACAGCAUUGUCCUGUAGAUGGGAUAAAUAUCUAUCCAUUCUUGUAUGUGCAGUUAUACUAUAAAAACAUAUUUUGAUGAGUAAUACAUGGUGUAUUACUCAUCAUUUCUGCCCAGGUAAGACUUCCUGUCUUCUAGGACACUACCUCCUCCACUAAGACCCAAAUCCUCCUCCCCUGUGUGUUUUGACCACGCCCUCUCUGUGUAAACAAGGGUAAAUAAAUAGGGUCAAAUGUCAAAAGACGGAGAGGCUUUUCUGGCAGGAGAAAGGAAUAAAAUCGCCCAAAAAACUGAAAUAAAAGGAGAGAAAUGAACACGGAGACGAUUAACAACUUACUUCCCAUCACCUCUCCUCACCCAAUUAACUUUCCUAAUAAAUCACCCAAUCUGGCGGUCGGUGACGUCAGAUUACUACAACCAAUCCAGAUCCUCGUUUCCUCUCUUUCCUGUUAAUUAUCUUUCCUUGCAGUCGCUGUCCUUUCAGCACCACCUCACUGUGCACCCUGCCUGCUCCAGGAAUAGUCUGUUUAAACUCAGUCACAUUACCAGGGAUUACCCUCACCUGUGUUCACCCUUCAUCCGAUUUUCUGCUCAGAAUUUUCUCGACGUCGUACUGCUCAGAUAUGCAGCCACACAAAAGUGGCUGAAAGCGAUGUUUUUUUUUUCUUUUUUCACCCGUUCACGGCGCGCUUUUACGCCCCAAACUCCAGAGCGACUGUAGCCAAAGAGAGUCGAUGUUUUGAUUUGAACGCUGGCCAAGAUGUUCUCACUGUUGCUGGGAUUGUUGUGUUUUUGCGCACUGACCUCUGGCCAGCGUGGGAACAGGCAGAUGGACGAUGGGAAGCGCUACAUUUGCCGGGCAGUGCCUCUGAGCGGCGACGCCAGUUGCCCCGUGACGCUGCUGCCCGAGCUGAGCUCCGGGAGUCAGGAAGAGGAGCUGAGAAACACAGUGAUGCAGCUGAGAGAGACGAUUGUACAGCAGAAGGAAACCAUCUCCAGACAGGUCGGCACCAUCAACGAGCUGACGACCAAACUGUCCCUGUGCGCCUCAGCCACGGGCGGCAGGAGUUUCGACAAGGACGGAACCUGGGGGAAGGAGAAGCAAAACACCAUGGGAGAUGUUCCCAGAGACCCCAAUGACACCAUAGAUAGCCUUGGGAAAACCAUGCAAGGACUCAAGGACCGUCUGGAAAACCUGGAGCAACAGCAGAUGCGGGCCAACAUAUCUGGCGCGUCUUUCCCCAGCGAGCUGCGUGACCUGCUGCAGCGCCGCCUCGGAGAGCUGGAGAAGCAGCUGCUGAGGAAGGUCAGCAGCCUGGAGGAGGAGAAGAGCCUGCUGACCAACGCUACGGUAGCCUACAGGCUGAAGACCGAGAGCACGCUCAACGCACUGGUCGAGAGGAUCAGUGAGCUGGAGAAAGGUGGAGGAGACUUCAAGUCUCCUGAGCAGUUUAAGCUUUCUCUCCCUCAGAGGACCAACUACCUGUACGGCCGUAUCACCAAGUCUCUGCCAGAGAUGUACGCCUUCACGCUCUGCAUGUGGAUCAAGUCCAGUGCCACUCCUGGUAUAGGGACACCCUUUUCCUACGGCGUACCUGGACAAGCUAAUGAAAUUGUGCUCAUCGAAUGGGGCAAUAACCCCAUCGAGCUGCUCAUCAAUGACAGGGUUGCCCAACUGCCUCUGGAGGUACGUGAUGGGAAGUGGCACCACAUCUGCAUCUCCUGGACGACACGGGAUGGCCAAUGGGAGGCAUACCAGAAUGGGGAGAAGCUGGGGAGUGGUGACAACCUGGCAGCCUGGCAUCCCAUCAAGUCUGGAGGAGUCAUCAUCCUGGGGCAGGAACAGGACGUGGUGGGCGGCCGAUUCGAUGCCGGACAGGCAUUCGUGGGCGAGUUGAGUCAGGUGAACAUUUGGGACCGUGUUCUGAAGCCGACAGAGAUACAGUCCAUGGCCAACUGCAGCUCUUACAUGCCCGGAAACGUAGUCUCCUGGCUGUCCAGCAAUGUGGAAGUUUUUGGGAGGGGAGCAUUCAAACGCCCUCUGGAGGUGUGUCAGGAGCGUCUGCCCAAGGCUUGACAAUACUACUUCAAUGUCCUUCAUUUCCAUUGGUCCCUGAAAUCAUGUGUUACCACCUGCUGCGAGUAAGUCUGUGAUUUCUUUUUCAUACACGUGUCACAGUGUUGUGUUUGCAUUUUCCUGCACCAGCCACGUCUGUCAUGAAAAGCUGAUGUUGGGCCUUGAAUGUGAUGAAACUCCAAAGUGCAUAUUUAUUAUAUGGAGGCUGAGCAGUCGGACACAUUAACAUUCUUAGUCUCAGACACGAUUAAGCUACUUUUACUACACCCACGCUAAGAAAAGGUGCCCGUGGGUAUUUACUUCACUCUAACUGUAGGGAGCUGUCGAUCUGACACAGAUGUACACAGUGUACUGCACACAGUGAUACUGGACGCAGUGAUACUCUACUGCAGGGGUCACCAACGUGGUGCCCGGGGGUACCUGGUAGCCCCCAUGGAGUACCUCAAGUGCCCACAGGGUAUUUUCUAAAAAUAAAACUAGUCAACAAGAGGGUCAGAAAUUGUACUGUAACUGUUUUGAAUCAGUAACCUUUGCAAUGAUAUUUAGUUGGGUGCAAUGGCGAUGGUAAGAAGAGUGUCGACUAUUGUACAGUAUGUCCCAGAACAAAUUAUGAUUACAUUAUUUGGGAAGUCUGUAUCAAACUAGAAGCUCUUCAUAUUAGUAAGUGUCCUUGAAGUAGCUCUUAGUUUCAAAAAGGUUGGUGACCCCUGCUCUACUGUGUCCAGACAGAACAACAGUUAGCUGGGGGCGUUUGAGCCGGUGUUUGCGUGCAGCGUGGGAAGAGAGACUAAAGGUCACCUCAAUGUUAUGUCUCUUCCUUAACCUGGAAAUGAGCUUAAGGCCAGGAUUAAUUAAGUCCCCGGUCCUGGAGAUUGUGAAAAGAAAAAAUUCAAUUUUGCUCUGAUGGGACACCAGUCCCAGUGCUUUCCUCCUCCAUCUGCCUUUGCCAUUUAACAAAACCUGAUUCAAAUGGAACCUUGUUUCAGGUGAAACAAAAUACAUUUUCAGAAAGGUUGGUGUAAAUCUGGGUAUAAAAGAACAUCUCUUCAAUCUUUUCAAGCAGAGACGGGUCAUGGCCAACUUCUAUGUGCUGAAAUAUGAACAAAAGGUACAUUAAAAACCAUCAUCCUUGAUGAACAAAACUUUCAUUUUUUAUUGGGUUUUGUGAAAAACCUCCAUCUUUUCUGAAAAAGUGGUCCAUGAAUAUGAAAAGCAUAAUGUGUUUUGUGGAUUUGGUGACCAGUCAUUGAACAUAAACAGAUGUACGUGUUUCAAUGUGGUUUUAUUUAGUUUUCUGGACUCUUCACGUACGUACAGUACAGGGGAUCAACCAUCUGGUUUAAUGCCUUCUCAUAAAGACUUAAGUGCCACUGAGUGUUUUCUAAAUGUCAGAGAUGUUGUCUUUGUAAGUGAAUGAAAACGAUAUUAAAGAAGAGCGCUGCUGCAAAAUGAAUUCAUGUCUGGCUUCGAUCUGUUGGUUGUUACUUUCCCUCUGCAUGACAGGAAACUAAAAAAUAUUUGUCAGAACAACAGCAUAACAGCAUAAUACUGUCAAAGAAAU